CCGUGGGGGGUGACGCGUGCCGCUGAGCAGCCAAUCGCAGCGGCGCCUGGUUUUCAAACGGGCGGUGGCGGCAGCGCGCGGGGAAGGGCGGGGCCAGACCGGGACCGGAGCCGAGAGUGGGACCGGGCCCGGGCCAUGCGGGCCGCACGGACCCCGGCCGCGCAGCAGCGGCCCCGGCGCACCCCCCUGCAGGAGCUGCGGCUGCAGCCGGGCGCCGAGCGCACAAGCCUCACCCCCCUGCUCCGCCGCCUGCGGCUCAAGGACCAUGACUGUGCCACCCCAGUGUCCUGCGCCCGGGGGCCCCCCAGCAGCACCAUCCCGUGGCCCCCCAGGACUACAACCUGGGGGCCCAGCGCCUCCGAGACCCCCACGACUCCCACCCUGAAACCUGGUGCCCCCGAGCCCCUCGGCAAUCCCAGUUUGGUGCCCGGUGCCCUGCAGCCCCCCAGCAGCACCAGCCUGGAGCCCCCUGGUAGUUCCACUCCAAGGUCCAGCCCCCCAGAGCCCCCUGGCAGCGCUGUGCCGGCCCCCCUGUGCACCCCCAGCCCAGGACCUGGCACCCCAGAGCCCCCCAGCAACGUUGUGCCAGCCCCUAUAUGUAGCUCUGUCCCGGGGCCGUACACACCAGAGGCCCCCAGCAACACCGUGCCAGCCCCCCUGUGCAGCCCCACCCUGGAGCCCCCCGGCAGCACCGUGCCAGCCCCACUGUGCAGCCCCCUUCCAGGGCCCAGCCCCUCAGAGCCCCCUGGCAGCACCAUACCAGCCCCCAUGUGCAGCCCCAGCCCCCCAGAGCCCCCUAGCAGCACCCUGCCAGCCCCUAUAUGUAGCUCUGUCCUGGAGCCAUGCACCCCAGAGCCCCCCAGCAACAGCGUGCCAGCCCCCCUGUGCAGCCCCAUCGUGGGGUCCAGCUCCCCAGAGCCCCCCGGCAGCACCGUGCCAGCCCCCCUGUGCAGUCCCGUCCUGGGGUCCAGCAGCCUGGAGCCCCCCAGCAGCCCUGUGCCAGCCCCCAUGUGUAGCUCUAUCCCAGGACCGCGCACACCAGAGCCCCCCAGCAAUACCAUGCCGGCUCCCCUGUGCAACCCCAUCCCGGGGCCCAGCCCCCCGGAGCCCCCCGGCAGCACCGUGCCAGCCCUGAUGUGUAGCUCCAUCCUGGGGCCGUGCACCCCCGAGCCCCCCGGCAGCGCCUCCCCCGUCCCCCCUGGCAUCAUCAGCUCAGUGCCUUGCACCCCAAACUCCCUGGGCAGCACCACUCUAGCACCCUGCACCCCUGGGACCCCUGUCAGUGCCAGCCCGGCCUCCUGCACCCCAGGCCCCCCCGGCACCAGCUCCACCCCACAGGAAGCUCCCUUCCACGGCUGGCGCAUGGUGCCCACCGACCUCUCCUGCAGCCCCGUGGCUACCGAGCCCUCGGCUGGAGAUGGGAGUUCGGGUCCCUCACCUUGCCAGGACACCCCUGAGGGUACCCAGUCCCCAGCCUCCGCCCCCCCAGAGCAGGACCCCCCCGGGCCCCCUCCCACGGAGGCAGAUAGGUCUGAGCAUGAUGGAUUGGAGGCAACGGCCACCCCCGUCCCCUCGCCCGAGGUGGCCCCGGGUGCUGUGUCCUGGGUGUUGCCGCUGGUGUGGCUGGAGAAGAGCCUCAAUGCCUCGUCCCUGCUGGAGUCCCUGCGGCACAGCCUGCCCCUGCCCGCCCCGCGGCGGGACGCCGGCACCAGCGUCACCCCGGUGUCCACCGCGGUGGCCGGCACCAGCGUCACCCCAGUGUCCACCGCGGUGGCCGGCACCAGCGUCACCCCCAUGCCCACUGCGGUCGCCGGCACCUUCAUGACCCCCCGGGACCUGCGGGAGAGGAGCACGAACACAUCUGUGGGCGGCCCCCCCUGCGCCAAGGACAGCGCUGCCGAAACGGACUCCCUGCUCUGGCACUGUCCCCGUGAGCAGCUGAAGUCCCUGCCGCGGGCAGAGCUGGAGGGGCGGCUGGAGAGCACCCUCAUCAUCAUGGAAGCCCUCUCCCUCCGGCUGCGCGACUGGCAGGAGAGCCAGCGCCCGCUGCCCGGCGUGGGACCGGCUGAGCAGAGGGAUGCGCUCACGCAGACGGAUGUCACCCACCCCAAAGCGGAGGAGGAGAUCUACCGCAACCUCUACCUCGAGCUGUGGAAGAAAACGGAGGCUCUGCGGCGGCAGCAGGGAGCGGAGCAGGACCUGCGGCGAGAGCUGGAGCUGGCCGCCACGGGGAUGAGCGCCUGGAGCAGGCAGAGCCUCCUGUUUCGGAGCCUCGCGGAUGACGCCUUUCAGAGGUUGCAGGAUGAGCAGGGAGCCCUCUCCCAGCAGCGGGAGGCGGUGAGGACUCUGGUGUCGCGGUGCUGGGCUGUACUGGAGAGCGUGCCCGGCAAGCUGCGGAGCUGCCUGGAGGAGCGGGAUGCCAUGAGGCUGCGAGCGGACGAAGCCAUCCGAGCCAAGGAGGAGGGAGAUCGCUUCCUGGAGGCCUUCCGUGCCCAUGCCAGCGCCCAGAUCAGCGCCCGCGACCAGAGCCUGGCCUCCCAGCGAGAGCUGGGCACGCUGCUGGCAGACGCCAUCGACGCGCAGGCAUCCCUGGCUGCCGAGGCUCGGUCUUUCCGGGAAUUCAUAGAUAUCACCUUUGAAAACAUGGAGAAGGAAAGGAGAGCCCUGGACGCGGAGCGGGAGGCGGUGAGGACCCUGGUGUCACGGUGCCGGGCUGUGCUGGAGAACGUGCCCGGCAAGCUGCAGGGCUGCCUAGAGGAGCGGGAUGCCAUGAGGCAACAAGCGGAGGAAGCUCUUCAAGCCAAGGAGGAGGCAUCCGGCCAGCUGGAGGAGAACGCGGUGGCCCUGCGGGAUGCAGAGGCUCAACUGGAGCAGCUGACGGUGGCCAACUCGCGCCUCAGCACAGACCUGAGCUCCGUGAUGACAAAACUGGCCAGCGCGGAGCAGGAGCGGGAUACGCUGCAGCAGGAGAACGAGAAGCAGUGGGAGGAGGUGGCCCGGCUGGCGCAGCAGAGGGACGCCCUGCAGCAGGAGUGCAACGGGCUCUUCCAGGAGCUGCGGGAGGCGACCGAGUGCCGGGAGUUCCUCGACCAGGAGAACCGCAUGUCCCGCACGCAGCUGCUGGAGCUGGAGGCCAGGCAGAAGUCCUCGCUGGCCGCCCUGCAGGAGUGCAGCCUGCAGUACGAGGAGCUGAUGGGCUCCCACCAGCGCCUGCGGGAAGAGGAGGCUGCCCUCAGCCAGGAGCUGGAGAGCACCAAGGCCAAGCUCCACGACUUGCAACUCAAGAGGGACAAAGUCUCCUGGUGCUCCACAGACAUCAUAGAGAGCAAGAUGCGGCUGCAGGAGCUCGCCGACUGCCUCAAGGCCGCUCUGCAAGAGGAGGAUGAAGAUGCCCCAUCAAGAAGCAGAGCCUGGACCCCGGCUCCACGGACACCGAGCUGGCAGACACCCCGCCGUGCCUGGACCCCGGCGUGCCGCACGCCGGCGUGCCGUACCCCGUACCACGCCGGGGACUCCUUCGUGGGCAGCGUCCUGAAAGCGGUGUCGUGGAAAGAUGUUGAUGAAGCCGCUGGAGGUGGGAGUGCAUUUACCAAGGACAAACCUGCCUCUACGCCAAAACCAAUAGAGCCCGAGGAAGGUCUGCUGGAGAGCGUCAAGGAGCUGAGAGCCGUGGUCUCCAACCUCGCCAUGCUGAGUUCCCGCAUCCAGGAGCUGGAGCAGAGCGAGUUCAAGGCGCUGCAGAGAGAGAUCUCCAACCUGCAGCUCCAGUUGGAGACGGUGACAGCCGAGAGCCAGGAGAAGAUGGAUGCCCAGGCUGCCACCAUCGCCAAGCUGAACAAGGCGCUGAGGGGCAAGCUAGAGAACGAGAAGGAGCUGCAGGACGUGGUGAAACAGCAGGAAGAGAAGAUGCUGCAACUCAUCGAUAAGAGUGGGGAAGUCACGCGGCUGAAGGGAGAGGUCUCCCAGCUGAAGCGCUCGCUCCAGCGCGCGGAGACGGAGGCCAAGGUGCUGUGGGAGGAGAUGCGGGGGCAGGAGCCCAAGGUGGACGCUACCUACGUCCAGGAGCGAGUCCUGCUGCGGCAGGAGGUGGACAAACUGCGGCUGCUGCUCUUGGAGAAAGAGGAUGAGAACCUGCUGCUCUCUGACAAGUACCAGGAGCAGGUCCGAGGGCUGGAGCUGAGGCUCCAGCAGGCUCAGAAAAUGCUGAGGACCCACGAGGAGAUGCAGGAGAAAAUGAAAGAGGUCCUGUCGGCUGUCCCUGAGGUGGCAGCGGGCUGCCAGGAGCUCCCCAGCCUGCUGCGGUACUUGGGCCUGAAGCUGGGCAGCGGCAGCAAGGAAGCGGCCGAGCCGCUAUAGCCUGAAACCUUCCUGUUCUUAAUGCUGUAAUUAUGUAUUGAAUAAAGUUUUGUUGGCAUCUCACCCUGCCAGGUGCCU